AUGCCUGGAGUGGUAGUCUUGAUACAGGGUGCCAUCACCUGCACAACGGGAUCUAAAUCUACAAGCAUCUGCCGCAAAGCCACCCACGACUGCUCCAACGGUGCCCAGAGCAUGUCACUCACAUUAGACGACACACCGUAUCGCACACUACAAAAGCACCUGAGAUGCUACACUCUAGACGGGUCCGCGCGGCACCGGGAAACAUUGUGUCGGGGUGUAGAGCCGUACGACGCGCGUCCUGCGCCUGGGGUCGAGGCCCAGUUCGCCCUAUCACCGAUGGAACGAGUCCGGUGA